AUGACUGCAGCUACGACAGCGACAGCUGCGGUGGCGACCACGACGUUGAUCGUGAAGCAGAUCGGGCCAACUCCUAGUGUCUCCUCUACUGCGAGUAUGUCGACAUUUCAGCCAAUUGUCGCCCUCCACCACAAGCGCAACAACAAGAAAGACGAGAAGAAUGCGGAGGCGGCGACGGCGGAGCACGGGACCCAACACAGACUGUGGACUUACUUCCUCGUGAAUCCAGACUUGUCAUGA